AUGUCGUCCCCCGCUCGGCCACCGCACGACUCCUUUCCGCCUGUCGGCGCGGAAAAUCCGCCUGCAUUGCGCGUGCCGUGUGCGCAGGAGCUGCAGGAGCGGCAGGAGGCGCAGGAGCGGCUGGAGGCGUUGUGGCAGGAGGUGGAGGAGAGCGACAGCACGCGCAGCCUGCGGUCGCCCAGCGAUGCGUCGCCCGCUGCGACCUCGUCGGCCAGACGCCACGCCAGCAGUAGCUUCGCCAACCGUCGCGUUCGCUCGCUGUGGUCGCCGCUCUCGUCGCCGCAGCACACGCGCAGCGCGCGUCACACGCGGCAAUGGUCCGCGGCGGCCGUGCCAUUCUCCUUCUCCUUCUCCUCCCCGCUCCACCCCUCCGCGCUUCCUGCGGACGCCCAGUCGUCGCCGCAGCAUCCGCUCACCCCCACGGCGGACGGCAAGGCGCAGGCGCACGGGGACGGGGAGGAGCGAGCGGAAGCGGAGCGAGCGGCGGGGCACAAGCCGUCCAAGUCGGCGGGGUCGCUGCCGUUCCUCCAGCUGGGGCAGUGGUCGCGCUCCUCCCCCAACCUCCGCUCCCCCAUCAGCCCCCCCGCCGCUCCCACCUCCCCGUCGGAUACCGCCUGGUCGCUUCCCGCCUUCGCCAAGUCGGUAACCCUACGCUCUUCGCCAAGGGCCACCACUUCGCCCAGAGCCGCCGCAGCGUGGGUGGAGCGCGCUGUAUCGGUGACGAGCGCCGAGGCGCCGGGUAUUCUGGAAAGCCGCACCUUCGACCCAAUCGCGUCGCCCCUCGCCGCCGCCCCGCCUGCGCCGCUCUCUGAUGCGCGCAGGUCGGCGGAAGCGGAGGUUGCGGGUGGCGGUAGGAGCAGCCCGUUGCGGGGCGGCGGAUGGCGCAAGCCCGCGGCGGGCGGGAGGCGCAGCGAGGGCGGAAGAGAGCCGACAGUGACCGCUGAGAUGGGGGAGGGCGCGGGGGAGAGGGCGAGUGCAGGGGAGGAGGACAAGGGGUGGGCGUCCGGCAGUGGGCGGGGCAACAGAUGGCGCACCAAGGCAGCGUUGCCGCAGCUGAAUGUGCGCCGCAACUCCGUGGACAGCCCACAGCCCAGCCCGCAGCCCAGCCCGCAGCAGAGCGCACAGCAGCAGCAGGCGCUCAAAGUGCUGCACCAGCGACGCCCGCCCCUGUCGCCCUCCACCUCCCCACACGCCUCCCCCAAACCCUCCCCGACCGCCUCUUCUACCGACCCCGCAGCAGCAGCAUCCGCCAAGUCGCUCCUGCGGUCGCCGCGCUCCCCCUGUGCCGCAGCAGCAGCAGCCGCGUCGCCGCGGUCGCAGGUGGUGGUGGUGCGGAGCUUCGUGGAGCACCGCAGGCGAGUGGCGGAGGCGGAACAGAGAGAGGCGGCGGAGCUGGGGGAGGCGGCGGUGGCAGGGCGCGCGGACCCGGGGAACGAGGGGCAGGAGGGCAGGCGGGGAGGCGUGAGUUGGAAUGGGGCAGUGCAGAGCUCGGACGCGGCGGCAGCAGCAGGGGGUGCAGUGGGGGAGGUAGAAAGGGGUUCAGAGAUCCAGCAGGGGAGUGGCAGGGUCGCGGAAAGGUUGGCGCCUGGCGUGUCGGGCACAGCGGGCAUGCAGCGCGGGGAAGAACGGAUGGACGUGGGCAUGACACAGGCCGGCGUCGUGGACGAUCCACAGUGCACGGCCGGCGGGCACAUGCACGGUGGGGGUGAGGGCGAGCAGGUGCGCGUGCAGGCGGCGGUGGGAGGUGGCAGUCCGCCAGCGAGCAGGGCGGGUGGGAGAGGGGUAGGCGGGCACGGGGAGCGAGGCAGGGAGGAUGAGCAGCAGGCGUGGCUCACAGCGGAUGAUGGCACGGCGGGGCACAGGCAGGCGAAGGAGGCGACGCAAGAGAGGCGGGGAGAGGGUUACCAUGGUGAUGAUACAGGCGGCGCGCAUGCCAUGUCUGCCAGCUACCACAGCCACUCCUCUCCGCCGUCCAAGCCACCUCAAAGCCCCCGACCUGCUCUGAGCCCCAAGCCACGCUCACACGCACCGCGCAGCUCUGUGAGCCUUGGCAGCCUUGGGUCCCCUCGGGGCAGUGCCCCGCCCCACAGCCUUGACCCCGCCCAUCGCCCUGCUGCCAGCCCCUCCCAACCCCUCCGCUCCAACCCCUUGGUCCCUCCACUCUCUCUCUCGCCGCCCCUCGCCCCUUGCCACUCGCAACACAGCCCCCUGAACAGCCCCCUGGGCAGCACUUUGAGCAGCCCGCGCGGUGCUGUGAGUAGCAGCAACUCGGCACGCACCCGACCGACCCUGCCCAGUCCCCCCUCCCAGCUGUCACCGCGUGGCAACCACAUGCCGCCGCCCGCUGUGCUCUCUUCCCCUAUUGGGAACUGUGAGCAGCAGCAGACAGCGCGUGGCAGUCAGGGUGUGGCACCGCUGCUGUCAGUGGGCAGCAGCCAGCACACGCCAUGCAGCCCGCGGGCGCCCAGCAGCCCUGCCCCCUCUCCCGGCCCACGCUCACAAAGCAGGCAUGUGAAGAGUGGCAGCAUAGACAGCAUGAGCGCAGCGCUGAGUUCCCCCCGCAGCCCACUUGGCAGCCGAGCACCUGAUGCCUCGGCCUUGCAUGCACCGGGAGGCCCAGGGAGCAGGGCGCUCGCCCCGGGGCAAUCAUCCUCGCGCUCUCCCAAGCACUUCAGCAGCUGCCAUGCUGCCAUUGGCCCAACCAAUGGGGGAAGAGCUGGGGUUGGUCAGAGUGGCAGUGGGACAAGCAGUGGUGCCAUAGUUGGGACAGCAAAUCAUGGCAGUGGUGGUGGUGGGCAGCAGGCAGAGGGGCGUGAUGGUGGGAGUGGGGCAGUGGAGCGGAGUGUCAGCGAGCAGCACCACACCCACCACAUGCGCCCUACUGCAACCACCCUGUCGCCUCAGUCAGACGUGCCUGAGGCCAUAAAGAGGCGCCACACGUAUGCUUCCACCCCGACCCUUGCCAUCCCUCUGCCCCUGCCCAAGCCUGGCCCCAACGGCUGCCCUCCCCCUCUUAGCCCCACGCUGAGCAGGGCAGCAGGCAGCAGCAAGGGAAGCAGGAAAGGGGACGGGAGACAGGGGGGGCAGAGGGGAACUGGUGUGGGCAAAGCGGAGGGCGCUGUUGACGUUGUUACGGCUGCUGCAGCUGCUGUUGCUGUUCCCAGUGAAGAGCAGAGGGUGGAAGGGGCGGCGGAUGCCAAACGCAGGUUUCGAAGAGAGCUGUCCUUAAGUGGGUACUUGAGCAGCGGGUAG